UACUGCUAUGUUGGUACAGCUAGGGAGAUGCAUGUUGUGAUGUAGCGUGGAGAUCAUUGCUGUUCGUUGCACACACUACUGGCAGGCUAUACAUACUUUAACACUCAACAAGAAGACGAUCAAAGUCUAAGAACAGGUCCUCGCCAACCAACACAAUGGUGCAACACGUGUGUGUCAUGUGUAGGCUAAUGGCUGAAGUGAAGAUUAUGCCAGUUGUGGAAUCACUGAAUGAAUUCGGCUGUUUGUCGGAAGACUUCUACCAAGACCUGAAAAAAACAUCUGUAUCAAAAAGAAUAAAAUGGCGCGGACUCUUACGAAAGAUAAACUCAAAUCAACAGAAAUUGGCCAGGAUGAUAUUUGUCCAACUCAUUCAAAGGGUUAAUCCAGAGAUUGGGGAUGAGCUUGAGAAGGUCAGUCAAAUCUGUUGUGUGUGUGGUCUCAUUGACAACCUCACCGCUGAUAAGUCACAGGAUGAUCAAAUAAAAUUCAUGUCACUCCAGUUUCCGAAAUCAACUCACACAUGGGAACCUCUCCGAAGGUCAAAAUCCCUUGAUAUCCUUAUACAGUAUUCAUGUUCCAGCUUGGAGGACAAGCCAUCCAAACCUGCAGACAAACCUCAGUCUGAUACCUAUCAAGAUCAUGGUACUGGGUAUAUUAGAGCCGUUUACAAUAGGUCUGGGUUAGGUGAUGAAGACUCACAUGGAGAGCAGUCAACACACCUCACUGAAUGUCAUAGUGAAACGGUAAUCCCCUGUGGUGACUCUUUCAGUACAGAUGAGACUGUAGACUCUGACGAAACUCCCCCUGUUGAAGUCCAGAACUACGCACCUUUCAAUGAAGACAGCCAGUCGGAUGCUGAUGCUGAUUUUGAAGAAUCUGCAAGUUAUAUUGAUGCACCUGGGAGGUUCUAUAAGUCAGACUUUGCUGAUCAUACCUCGGAAGGUACAGCAACAGCAAACAUUGACCAACCCAGCGCAUCUGUAGAUGUAGAAGAUUUCGCGUUAGAGAAGGCCACCAAAACACGUGGGAAGAUCAUCUACGAAGAUGCUAAAGAAGUGGGACACAAUCCAGUUGAGCAGGUGUGCGGUCCUGAUGAGGGGGAGAUGCUAGCCUUUGAAGAUCUGGUGCCACAGGUUACGAGCAUGGUUCCCACUAAACAUGUCGGCAGACAUGCUACAAAAACGACACCAGUUCUAUCGCAGACAAUGCCACAUAUUCCAGUGACGCCCCUUGUUUGGAUAUUGCAAGUACUGCUGGUGCUCACCGUCGUUGUAGUCGUGAUUCAUGUUCUGCCGACAGGCCUCCUGCUAAGCAUCAUAGCGCUUAUAUGCAUACAUUUCUUCAGAAGCAGGAAUGGCUAGAGAAGAGCCGGCGUGGUCAUCUAUGGCUUUAUCAGAGCUCAUGGCGUUUCAAAAGUGUUUGUUCGCUGCACUAUGUUAUAGCGACGCUCGUAAAUGGACGAGGUUGGGGAUUUGCAGAACUUUAUCACUUUGCUCUGACUGAAACCGUAGUGUUAUGAAUUGUAGAAACGGUAACACACUCGAAAAGAAUAAUUUUCGAGAAACUUAUUUGAAAACAAGCAUGCCACUUCGGAAACGCUAGAAUGAUAUGUAAUUUGUGAUUAGUCCCUUAUAAUAUUGCUGAGAAUCUUGUCGGUUGUGUUACUCAGAUCAACGUAAUUAAUGUGUUUUUUAAGAAUUUGAGUUUUGUUCAUUCAUAUUUGGAAUUGUUAUUUGUCAUCAGAUACAGAUUACAUGUUGGCUAGUUGGAAUCCUACAAAUCUAAAGUAGUUUGAUGUCUAUGUCAUAUGAAUGGAUAAAUAAUAAUAUUUUCAGCAUUUUAAUAAUGAUUUAGUGAUAUUUCCCAGAAAGUUUGAUGUUUCAAGAAUGUUUUGUUCAGUUGAAUUAAUUUCCGAAUGCCCAGUUCCUCAACUAAUCAAAAUAGCAUAAAUUGUAAUGCUUCAUUUUCACAUUCAAGGUAACAAUCCAACAUUCAAAAUUCUCAAGUUCACAUGAAUGAGGUCACGCAAGGGUACAAAGUCCCAUGUUAAUAUAAUGUCCCAUGUCGUGUAAGUGAUUGGCCAUUGCUGAGGAUGUCAGUCAUAAGGUCAAGGGAGACUACUCGUUCUUGCAUGUUUAUAUCGAUAUAUACUCUUGUUGCUGAUAAUUUCUGGUUUCUUUUUAAUGGUUUGCCUUUGCUAUCAAUGUGCUUUGUUGAUGACAGACUAACAUAUUUGAAUUCAAAUAUUUCUUUGUUGUACUUUUGAUGUGGAACUGGUAUGAUCAUUUAAAGAUUGAAUACAGUAAACUACGGUUAUAACGAACUCAAAGGGACUACUAAUUGUAGUUCGUUAUAACCGUAGUUCGUUAUAAGCAUAUAUACAGCAUAACUACAGUAAAUAGUUUGGACCAAAAAUGUAAGUUCGUAAUAUCCGUCAGUUCGUUAUAAGCGUGUUCGUUAUAACCGUAGUUUACUGUAUAUCAGUUUUGCUAAAGUAUACUUUAAAGUAGUCGGAGCGAAAGGUAGUUGAUUCCAUCCCCUGGACGUUAAAAUGUUGCUAUUGUUGUGACCCUGCCUGACGCUCAGCAGUUAUGGGAUAACCCAAGGCACGUACCGUGAGAUGCAGCUUCAAACCAUUUCGUCCAAAGGAAAGUGAGUUGUUCUGAACGUUUCUAUCAUGCACUGUGCUUUGGUUUGAUUUGGUUUGUUGUUUAACGUGGCACUCAACAAUAUUCCAGCUAUAUGACGGCGGUCUGUAAAUAAUCGAGUCUUGACCAGACAAUCCAGUGAUUGAUAUCAUGAGCAUCGAU